CUUCAGCCAUUUAUUACAUCAUCAUCAGUACCCAGAAUGAGCUGUUCAAAGUGUACAGCAGAUUACUUUCUGAAAAAUUGAACAACACUGAACCCCCAGACCUAAUAAUGACCGCAGGGCUGAUGAAAGAGCCACAGACUAUGAGCUGCAUCUACAUCACUCUGUUCUUGUUUACUAUGCUGCUCAUAUCACGUCAGGAUGAGUUCUGCUGCCGUCAGGAAUUCCUGCUGAAGAACAAGAACCGGACCGAUAAAGACGAGAUCGAGCUGUGUGAGAACCUGACGCGGCUGCUGCUGGAGAACGUUCUCCCAGCUCACGUGGCCGCACUGUUUGUGGGCGAGAACAAAAAGAACGAGGAUUUGUACUACAAGUCGUACGAUUGCGUGUGUGUGAUGUUUGCUUCAGUCCCUGAUUUUAAGGAGUUCUACACCGAGUGUGACAUCAACAAAGAGGGACUGGAGUGCCUGAGACUGCUGAACGAGAUCAUCGCCGACUUCGAUGAGUUACUGUCUAAGCCGAAGUUCAGCGGUGUAGAGAAGAUUAAGACUAUCGGCAGCACGUACAUGGCUGCGGCGGGUCUUAGCGGGACACCUGGACAGGAGACGAACCAGGACCGGGAGCGGCAGCCGGCACAGAUCGGCAUCAUGGUGGAGUUUGCCAUCGCUUUGAUGGGAAAGCUGGACGGCAUCAACCGGCAUUCGUUUAACAGUUUUAGACUGCGUGUGGGAAUAAACCACGGGCCAGUAAUAGCGGGGGUGAUCGGGGCACGCAAGCCACAGUAUGACAUCUGGGGAAACACUGUGAACGUAGCCAGCCGAAUGGAGAGCACCGGAGAACUGGGCAGGAUUCAGGUGACUGAAGAGACAUCGGACGUGCUGCAGAAGCUGGGAUACUCGUGUGAGUGCCGAGGUCUGAUCAACGUGAAGGGGAAAGGCGAACUCAAAACGUUUUUUGUAUGUACAGACUCCAAUAAGCAGCAGGGAAUGGGGCUCAGCUGAAAGUGCUGACGUUCACACACACUGCUGGAUGGAUUCCCCCCCCCCGGGCGGCACGGUGGUGUAGUGGUUAGCGCUGUCGCCUCACAGCAAGAAGGUCCGGGUUCGAGCCCCGUGUCCGCGUGGGUUUCCUCCGGGUGCUCCGGUUUCCCCCACAGUCCAAAGACAUGCAGGUUAGGUUAACUGGUGACUCUAAAUUGACCGUAGGUGUGAAUGUGAGUGUGAAUGGUUGUCUGUGUCCCCUGUGAUGACCUGGCGACUUGUCCAGGGUGUACCCCGCCUUUCACCCGUAGUCAGCUGGGAUAGGCUCCAGCUUGCCUGCGACCCUGUAGAACAGGAUAAAGCGGCUAGAGAUAAUGAGAUGAGAUUCCCCCCCACUUUCAGUGUUUUCGAAUUUGUGUGUAGACUUUUAUUUAAAAAGUAUCAAACUCAGUUUAACAGGACUUAAUUAAAAAAAAUAUAUAUGUAUCGUGUAUCAUUCAGGGCUUUGAACCGGUUCAAGGAACGAAAACAGGGAACUUUUUCUAUUUCACAUGGAACAGAAACUUUAUUAUUUUUUAUGUUCCGGAACAGAAACGCUUAUUAAAAAUAAUGGUAACCGGUUAAUACCGUUUUUUAUUUCGUUCCUCAAAGUUUCCGUAGCCUACAAAUAAAAAAGUCAUUCUUCUCCUGCGCAAGUUUCUAUGACCCGCUGGGGUUCACUUCCUGUGUGACGUUCGCUGACUGAAUGUAGAGGGCGGGAGGGUGGACUACUAUCACGUCUCCACAUCUUAAAUAAGAGGUAAAUAUUGCAGUCUAUCGUUAUUCAAAAACGUCAAUUUCAAACACGAUAUCAAUAUAUUUGUCCAUGUUAAUGAGAGGCUCGCGAACAUUAAAUGACGUUAACCUCUGUUAGCCUAUCAAUGCAUAGGGCCUGACUAGCCUUUGGUAACACACUAAACGAAUUAUCUUUCAUUUUUGGCACUUUUUCUGUUUGUGUAGAUGGGAAGACGUACUGAGAAUCCAAAUCGCCAACAUUUGAAAUAAUAAUUGUUUUGAAUUAUUUCUUGUCUUAUUUAAUGAAGGUUGUAAUAGAAUUAGCCUACAUUUGGCUUAAGCUGGAUGAGACAGAGACAUAAUUUUAUAGCCAUUUGUUAAACAGCUGACAGGGAACGUAAUUAACUGUUCCGGGAAUGAAAUUUUUUUGUUCUAACUGGUUCGGGAACGUCUAUUUAAUGGUGGAACCCAAAACCGGAAACGUUAAAAUUCCGUUUCUGUUCGGAACGAACCAAUAGGAAAAAAAUUCUGGUUCAAAGCCCUGGUAUCAUUCAAAAGUAUUUCUUUUUUUUUGCUGUAUCGCACAGUCGUAGUUUGAACAGCAGCAAAGUUGAAAUUAAUCAGAGAUUGUUUCAGUAUUUCUGUAUAAAGUUGAUUGCGUAUGAGCUUAACUAAGCUUCGGACCAAUCGCACUGAAGAUUAGAUGACGACGUGUGAACAUUUAGCCACAGAACCUUUUAAGAAACACAGGGGAAAACGACGUCUUAUAGCAAGAUGGUAGCAAAAAUAUAAUAUUAGUGAUAAAAUACAUCACGAUGGAAUAUUUAGAUAAGUCUGGUUGCUGUUCCGUAACUCAAAACCCUAGCUAGUUUAUUAGUGGGCGGUUAUUAAAGACAGGAUGACAUGGAUGUGUUGCGUAUUUGUAGAUCCUGCCAUUUUUAAAUGUGUGUAGAGAUGUUUGUUAGGCAUUAUAAACUUAAUUUAAUCUUUCACGAGUGUGUUUUAAAAUCACCAGCCUGAUUUUUUUUUUUUGGCAGAAAGAACUGUUACA